AUGCUGCGCUCGUGUUGCCACAUUCCUGCGAACCCAUCAGAAGAACCGACAAAUAACCAUUUUCCAGCGGAUACGUUCACAAGUAUAGGAACAUCGAUCAUCCAGCUAUCCUACAUCGAUGGAGUAGCCCUUUACUGCUGCGGCACGCCGAUUUCUAGCGACAACGGAACCAUCUGUCCAUUCGGGAAGGACAGCUUCCAGCUUGAUGACGCCGAUAUGAUCCCCGGACGCGCAGGGCUUGCGGACUACGUCUUAGCAUCCAACUCUUCCAGUUCAUCGUCCUCUAAUUCAUCGGCUUCCAAUUCUGCGACCACAUCAUCCAGUACAUCGUCUAUUGCAUCAUCUACCACCACCCCUUCGACGUCUUCGGGCGAUACUACUUCUUCUUUUUCACCUUCUUCACAUGAUGCCGCUCUUGGUGCCGGACUGGGAAUCCCCUUGGGGGUAAUUGCCAUUGCGUCGGUGGUGUGGGCCCUGUGGGAGAGAAGGAGGGCCAACAGUCUCAGUCGGGCGAUGAUGGGCUCUUCUGCCCCGGCGAGCCGCUCUCGCUUCCCUGGCUCGCAUGCGAAAACAGAUAGCUCCGUGCCUACUGAGCUUGAUAAUGGUCGAAAUGUUGCCGAGUUGAUGACAUGA